AUGAAGCUUGCCACAUCAUUUUUUGGCCUGAGCUUGGGUUGUUUCAAAAGAUCUACGGAACCAAUUGAAGAAAUCGAGCAAAAUUUCACCUUUCAUUUUGUGAAUCAGAAUUUAAAAUGGAAUGACGCUGCUGAGUAUUGCGAUUCUGACGGAAUGUCCCUUGCCUAUUUUAAUUCCCAAAAGGACUUUGAGAAAUAUCUGCAAAUGUCUCGAGAAAAAACACCAGAGGAGAUUCAACAACGAUGGAUUGACGGUACAAGCCAAGGUCGAGAAUCAAAAGACUACAAAUUCAAGGGUGCGUUCAUCCCUCCUUGGGGAAAAUACGAGCCUUCAGGAAAAUUCGUCAACGAAAAGGAAGAAUGCGUCGCUUUGUACACGACUUUUGGCUGGGAGAAAGAAGUGCUCAAUGAUAUGAAUUGCGAACGACAGCAGCCAUUUGCAUGCCGACAAAAUUUUGACUAG